CGAUCGCAUUUUAUAUUUUACCGCCACGGUUUAUUUUUCAUGUGUUUUGUAUUUGGUUAGGUUAUAAAAUAGACAUUUAUUAAUAUUUAGAGGAAUAGAAAUGUUAAACAAUUGGCAAAAAUUAGUUUGUUCCAGCAAAGAAUUACAGUUACGAGGAACAUUAAAUGGAGGUCAAAGUUUUAGGUGGAAAAACGUCAUUAAUAAAAAUGACAAGGAGGAACAAUGGAUAGGGGUAUUUCAAAAUAAAGUUUGGUUUGUAAAACAACACGAAGAUCAUCUUUUAUAUAAAGUGUUUGGUUCGUUUGAAAACAUAAAUAGUCAAGCGAUAUUAAAGGAGUACUUUAGAUUAGAUGAUGUCAACUUAUCACAUUAUUAUGAAAAAUGGUCAAAAAUUGAUUCAAAUUUUAAAGAAGCUGCUGAAAAUUUUAAAGGAAUUAGAAUAUUGAAGCAAGAUGUUGUUGAAAAUAUUUUCUCAUUUAUAUGCUCCCAAAACAAUCAUAUAAAUCGUAUUUCAAGUUUGGUAGAAAAAUUAGCUAGGCUGUUUGGUCAAAAAAUAUGUGACAUUGAUGGAACUGCUUAUUAUGGAUUUCCCCCAGUAGAAAAGUUAGCUGACCCAGAAGUAGAACAAAUAUUAAGAGAAAAUGGAUUUGGAUACAGAUCUAAGUAUAUUAAUAAAACAGCACAAGCUAUUAUUGGUAAUGGAGGAGAAGAGUGGUUAGAUAAAAUUAAAUCAAUGAAUUAUGAAGAUACAAAAAGGAACUUAAUGACAUUAACCGGGAUUGGAGCUAAAGUAGCAGAUUGCAUUUGCUUGAUGUCUUUUGGUCAUUUACAAGCUCUACCAGUAGACACUCAUGUUUAUCAAAUAGCUGCAAAAUAUUAUUUACCUAAACUGGCAAAGCAAAAGACAAUCACAGACAAAUUAUAUAAUGAAAUAGGAGACUACUUUAGAAAUUUAUAUGGUCCUUUGGCUGGUUGGGCACAAACGGUACUUUUUUGUGCUGAUUUAAAAAAAUUUCAAGAAAUAGGAGAAAAGAGAGGUGCUAAAAACAAAACCUCUGUUCAAGAAGCACCACAAAUCAAGCGGAAGAAACCUUGACAUUACACUUGGAAGUAAUAAGCUUUGUUUAGUUAUGAAAUAGGUGGUAAGUUAUUGAUUUAUAGUAUUUUAUUUAUCAGUUUUUUUUGUAAAAGCUUUCAGUGAUCAAAGGACAAAAUCUAUAAAUUGACAAAUUAGCUAUUUUAUAAUACUUUUUAUUAACAAAUCUUAAUCGAACAGUUUGCUAAACCU